GCGGCGGCGGCACUGGGGGCGGCGCUGGGCGGCCGCUGCCGGGCGGCGGGGAGCGGGGCCGGGGCCGCAGCGGGGAACGGGGCGGGUGCAGGAGCCGAGCCCCGGCGCAGCAUCAAGUGUGUGCUGGUGGGAGACGGCGCCGUGGGGAAAACCAGUCUGGUGGUGAGCUACACCACCAACGGGUACCCCACUGAGUACAUCCCCACUGCCUUCGACAACUUCUCCGCCGUGGUGUCUGUGGAUGGCAAGCCGGUGCGACUGCAGCUCUGUGACACGGCUGGGCAGGAUGAGUUCGACAAGCUGAGGCCUCUGUGCUACACCAACACAGACAUCUUCCUGCUGUGCUUCAGUGUUGUCAGCCCCUCGUCCUUCCAGAACGUCAGCGAGAAGUGGGUCCCUGAAAUCCGAUGCCACUGCCCCAAGGCGCCCAUCAUCCUGGUGGGGACGCAGUCGGACCUCCGGGAGGAUGUCAAGGUGCUCAUCGAGCUGGACAAGUGCAAGGAGAAGCCGGUCCCAGAGGAGGCCGCAAAGCUCUGUGCCGAGGAAAUUAAAGCCGCGUCCUACAUCGAGUGCUCAGCUUUGACUCAGAAAAACCUCAAGGAGGUCUUUGAUGCAGCCAUCGUGGCUGGAAUUCAGUACUCAGAUACCCAGCAGCAGCCAAAGAAAUCCAAGUGUAGGACUCCAGACAAGAUGAAAAACCUCUCUAAAUCCUGGUGGAAAAAAUACUGCUGUUUUGUAUAGGAGUUGUGAGGACCCGAGUGCUGCUCUGAGGAAAUCAAAUAGAAGCUAUAUUAGCUGAAAUCUCAUUCUGUGUUGUCUGGAGUGUAUAGCUUAGGUCUGUAUGUAUGUGUAUAUGUUGCUACUUGGUAUCUCCGUUGCCCUCAAGAGGGUGGCAGAAGGAUUUGUAGUUAAAAUCAUGGCUAUAAAUCAA